AUGUCUGAAAUUCUGCAAGAGAUUGCCGAUGUGCCCAAGGAGUUCUUCAAGGAUGGAACGCAGUUUAUCAACAGAUGUACAAAGCCCGAUCGCAGGGAAUUCAUCAAGAUCUCCCAGGCCGUGGGCAUGGGAUUCCUGAUCAUGGGCGCGAUCGGAUACUUCAUCAAGCUGAGUGCGUCUCUCCCGCCCCCCUUUCCCAUUUCCCCUUCUCCAUUCCAACCCUCGAGACGCGAAUCCAAGAAAAGAAAAGGAGACAAAUGCAAGUCCAAAAUGCGCUAA